AUGAUAAGGCGCGUUUUCAUUUGGUGCCUCUAUUUGAUAGCUCUGUUUUUUUUGUACAAAAAUGAAUUGGCUUCUUGUUCCAUAGACAACAACCAAGGAAAGGAGAACUACCUGAACAGAACGAUUAACAUCUUAAACGCCGGGAAGAAUGUAGCCAAGCGAUAUGGACAUAGUCAGCUGAAGCCCGUGCACAUCCUGAGCGCCCUCCUCAAGAGCGACUAUGGCGCAAACCUUAUGAAGGAAAAUAGCGUCAAUGCGAGUAACAUGAAGGAAUACAUAGACACUGCCCUGGAGCAGACUCGGGCUGGAGCGCCACUGGAUAACAAGACCAAAGUCGUAUACUCUGACGAAGUGAAGGAAGUGCUGGCUCAAGCGGAGGCGCUGGCCAAUAAGUACAAAAGCCAGAAAGUAGACGUGGAGCACCUGCUGAGCGGUUUAAUGAGUGACGAGCUGGUAAACGAGAUCAUGAAUGAAGUGUACCUUACGGAGGAAUCCGUGAAAGGGAUAUUAAAAAACAAAUUGGAAAAAACAAAGGAUAAGGAUGGAAAAAGUGGAGGAUUGUACAUAGAGCAGUUUGGUUCAAAUUUGAAUGAGAAGGUACGAAAUGGGAAGUUACAAGGCAUAUACGGAAGAGAUGAAGAAAUCAGAGCAGUGAUAGAGUCUCUCUUAAGAUACAACAAGAACAGUCCCGUGCUGGUCGGUCAACCCGGAACUGGUAAGACGACCAUCGUCGAAGGAUUAGUGUAUAGAAUCGAGAAAGGAGAUGUACCAAAGGAACUUCGAGGCUACACAGUUAUCAGUUUAAACUUCAGAAAGUUCACUUCGGGGACCUCCUACAGAGGAGAUUUUGAAACGAGGAUGAAAAAUAUCAUUAAGGAGUUGAAAAAUAAGAAGAAUAAAAUUAUCCUCUUUGUUGAUGAGAUUCAUCUUCUGUUGGGAGCGGGAAAAGCUGAAGGAGGAACAGAUGCAGCCAAUCUGUUGAAGCCUGUCUUGUCCAAAGGAGAAAUCAAAUUAAUCGGAGCUACUACCGUAGGAGAGUAUAGAAAGUUUAUAGAGAGCUGUUCCGCUUUCGAAAGGAGAUUUGAGAAAAUCUUAGUAGAACCACCCUCCGUGGAAAACACCAUUAAGAUAUUAAGAUCUCUCAAGAGCAAGUACGAGAGCUUCUAUGGCAUACACAUCACAGACAAAGCGCUAGUCGCCGCAGCGAAGGUGUCGGAUCGAUUUAUAAAGGACCGCUACCUACCCGAUAAAGCAAUCGACUUGCUCAACAAAGCUUGCUCGUUCUUACAAGUACAGCUGUCUGGAAAGCCCCGUAUUAUUGACGUGACCGAGAGGGAGAUUGAACGAUUGGCCUACGAAAUUAGUACACUCGAGAUGGACGUCGAUAAGGUUUCAAAACGGAAGUAUAACAAUCUCAUUAAAGAGUUCGAAAAUAAAAAGGAGCUAUUGAAGAGCUAUUACGAAGAGUAUGUCAUUUCGGGAGAGAGACUCAAGAGGAAAAAAGAAACGCAAAAGAGAUUAAACGAAUUGAAGGAGCUAGCACAGAAUUAUAUCAGUGCGGAUAAGGAGCCACCUAUCGAGUUGCAGAAUAGUCUGAAGGAGGCGCAGGAGAAAUACAUGGAAGUGUAUAAGGAAACCCUAGCUUAUGUGGAAGCCAAAACCCAUAACGCUAUGAACGUAGAUGCAGUGUACCAGGAGCAUGUUUCGUAUAUUUACUUAAGAGAUUCUGGUAUGCCACUCGGUUCACUCUCCUUCGAAUCAUCCAAAGGGGCACUGAAACUGUACAAUAGUUUAUCCAAAUCGAUCAUCGGAAACGAGGACAUCAUAAAAUCUCUCAGUGAUGCAGUUGUCAAAGCGGCCACAGGUAUGAAAGAUCCGGAGAAACCCAUCGGAACGUUCUUAUUCUUGGGACCUACUGGUGUGGGGAAAACCGAGUUAGCUAAAACGUUAGCCAUUGAAUUGUUCAGCUCGAAGGAUAAUCUCAUCCGAGUAAACAUGUCCGAAUUUACGGAAGCACACUCAGUGUCGAAGAUCACAGGUAGUCCACCAGGAUACGUUGGAUUCAGUGACUCUGGUCAGCUAACCGAAGCAGUAAGGGAGAGACCCCACUCUGUUGUCCUUUUCGACGAGUUAGAGAAGGCCCAUCCGGAUGUGUUCAAAGUGCUACUACAAAUCUUAGGAGAUGGAUAUAUUAAUGACAAUCACAGGAGGAACAUCGAUUUUUCCAAUACCAUCAUUAUUAUGACCUCCAAUCUUGGUGCCGAACUAUUUAAGAAGAAAUUAUUUUUCGAUGCGAACAAUUCAGAUACCCCAGAAUAUAAGAGAGUCUUCGAAGAUCUGAGAAUCCAGCUCAUCAAAAAGUGCAAAAAAGUGUUUAAGCCUGAAUUUGUGAACAGAAUUGACAAAAUAGGCAUUUUCGAACCUUUGAGCAAAAAGAACCUCCGUGAAAUUGUCAAGCUCAGAUUUAAAAAAUUGGAGAAACGUUUAGAGGAGAAGAACAUUCACGUGUCUGUAUCGAACAAGGCCGUAGACUACAUCAUCGACCAGUCGUACGAUCCUGAGUUAGGAGCCAGGCCAACUCUCAUUUUUAUCGAAAGUGUUAUCAUGACGAAAUUUGCCAUCAUGUAUUUGAAGAAGGAGCUAGUGGACGACAUGGAUGUGCACGUCGAUUUUAACAAGGCCGCCAACAAUUUGGUCAUCAAUCUGUCCGCGGUGUGA